AUGGAUACAUUACAGGUUAUAUUGAAUUUCAUGCCGCAGUUUGUGUUGUGCUGUUUGUUAGCUAUAGCCGUGAUUGGAACGUCGCCGUAUGAAUCAUUUAAGUGGAAAUUGGUUUGGAUGUUGCGAUGUUUGGGAAGCCCAUUUGAAGGAUUGCUCUAUUUUUGCAGUGUGGAAAAUAAAAAAACAGCAAUAACCACAUUUUGGUUAUCGGCGGCCUAUUUCAGGAAUAACGAAAAAGGCAUUCGGCCAAUCGGUCAUCAUUUCAUGGAAAUUGACAAAAAAAAAGUAAACGAAGAUGUAAUGGCUAUUUUGAAAGAUUGUACAGCGAAACCGUCUGUACUUGAUGUGUUCUCAUCAUUGGUAUCAUUGUCUUAUAUAUUAAAUGGAAUAUUCACAGGAAUAGCCAGGGCAGCUAGCGCAUGCGUAGAAGAUGAUUGGACAUUCAUUCCCAUAAUCCUGGCAUGGACAUUGCCAGCAAUUUGUUUGAGGAUCUUUAGCAGAAGGGAAAUAGUCAUUAAAGAACCUAAAAUAAGGAUAGAAAGAUUGUUAAAAGGAUGCAGGAAAAAGUUCAAAAAAUACAAAGAAAAACAGCCGGGAGAAGAGGCAAAUGAAUCAGAAGGUGAAAAUGAUGAUUUGGAAAAAUUAGAAAAAAAAGUAAAAAAUGAAUUGGAAAAGUUAUGUUGGUAUGAUAAUUAUCAAGAAUUAAAAAGGUUGAGAAAUGAAGUUAAUAAUUAUGAUGAAUUAAAAAAGGAUUUAGAAGAGUUGAAAAAAAUGUUGUCAGAAAAACAAAUACCUUUAAAACAACCUGAUAAUAUAGAUUUAUGUUUGAUAAGAGUUGAGUGGUCUGGUAGUAGCAGUUGCCUUAAUGUUUCUAGUUCUUUUAAGCCAUACAAAGAUAUGGUGGGUGGUAGUUUUUGGUGA